AUGAGGAAUGGGAUGCAAAAACAAUCAAAUACUUCGGAAAAUCCGGGGAUAAGCUCGCCUCAGUCCGUUCAGGCGAAAAGAAAAUUAUGGAAUACGAUAAAUAAUGAUAAAUUAGACAAUGAAGAUUUAUCAACUGAUCACUAUGCACGCAGUAGUUCUGCUAGUGCGGGUUUUGAUGAUACAUACAUGGAAUUCAGAAGACAACACACUAGUAACAAUAGAGGAAGACCCCGAAUCAACACAGAUAUUUUAUCUAAAUCAAACCGUGAAAAUAAUACGUACCUUUAUAAUGCUGAAAACUCAUUGAAAAGAAUUCCUACUUCUGGAAGGUUUGAUUGGAACAGAAAUCUUGGAAACGAUUUGACCAUACCUAGAGCACAUCCUGGACAGAGAAAAAGGAAUAUAGCAGAUCAAUUUGAAUUGACAUCCUCCGACGGGCAUAAGAAGGAUGUUAAAAUGCUAGAUGAUGUAUUUGUUAUGCAUGCUAAUCGUAAUGUAAAUAAGUUUGGGGAUCCAUUCGAAUCGUUCAGUGAUUCAAUUACAACUAUAAAUUCAUUUCCCUCGGAUUCUCCUAGGAUGUCUUAUUCUAAUAAAAAUAUAGACCAUAUAUCGAGUGAUACUGAUGAUGCCUCUUUUGUCUCCAAAUUUAAGUUACUAUUGAAGAGAGUAGGCUCAAAAAUUAAAAAAUGUUUUUGUACUGUAAGUACGAAGUCUAAAGAAUAUAUAACGCGAUUCUGUGAUAAACAAAAACAGAAAAAGGCAGAAAGAAAUAAAAGAAGAAGUGAACAAAAACGAACAAAAGAACCACUUCUUGGUUAUAAGAAAAGGGGUAUAAAUAACAAAAGAGCUUCCAAACAUUCUAAAAAGGAAAGUAUAAACUCUUCUGAUCGUAUUUCCGUGCCAUUUACUGCAUCAAGCCGUUCCUCUUCCUUCGACUUUGAAGCAACAAAAAGAGACAAAGGCACAAUUUCUGAAAGAUUUUCAGAAUUUAAAUCACGUUCGAAAUCACGACUCAAAAAUAAAAACAAAAAAACUUCCGACGUACCUCAUGUAACACUAUCACCCUUCCCGGGCGACUAA